AGAAAGAGUGGCCGUCCCGGUGACAGGCGCGUGCACAGCCGGGAGGUCCGGGAGCAGAGAGCCCGACGGCAGCGCGCCCCACUCGGCUCUCCGGUAGCGGAGGGAGACUGCGGGACGGACGGAGGAGACGGACUCACAAACCACAAGACGAGGUCGGCUUUGGACACGCUUGCUCAUAAAGUCAGGGAGAGUGACCGUUCCUCUCCUGCUGGGUGUGACAGAUGGCUCUGGCCAGAGACCCGGCGGCGGCGGCGGAGCAGAGGGACGCGGCCGACCAGAACUUUGAUUACAUGUUCAAGCUGCUGAUCAUCGGCAACAGCAGCGUAGGGAAGACCUCGUUCCUGUUCCGCUUCGCCGACGACUCCUUCACCUCGGCCUUCGUCAGCACAGUGGGCAUCGACUUCAAGGUCAAGACCAUCUACCGGAGCGACAAGCGGGUCAAGCUCCAGAUCUGGGACACGGCAGGGCAGGAGCGCUACCGGACCAUCACCACGGCGUACUACAGGGGGGCCAUGGGCUUUCUACUGAUGUACGACAUCACCAGCCAGGAGUCCUUCUGCGCCGUGCAGGACUGGGCGACCCAGAUCAAGACGUACUCGUGGGGCAACGCUCAAGUAGUGCUGGUAGGCAACAAGCUGGAUUUAGAAGAAGACCGGCAGGUCCCCACUGAAGAUGCCCAAAGACUGGCUACAGAGCUCGGCUUCCAGUUCUUCGAGGCCAGCGCCAAAGACAACGUCAACGUGAAGCAGGUGUUUGACGAGCUGGUGGACGUCAUCUGCGAGAGGAUGAACGAGAGCGUGAACGGCGACGCCACUCCGUUGGCCAACCACGAUGAGGCCGGCCUGAAAGAGACGCCCCGCAGCGGCCUGGCAGGCUGCGGUUGUUGAAAGUUAAUAGAAUUGUCCGAAAGUCAUCAUGUAGAUGUACUUAUUCAUGGUACUGCAGCCGUUUAUGGGAUGCUUCUUUUUGAUUUGAUCUUUUCACAACUGGCUGAAUGUGACUGUUACACUGAGAUGCCAAAGAGUUGUACUGAGCAGCUGUGCCUUUUUUUCUUUUGUAGCACGUCGCCGCUGCUUCAUUACUUGUUUAGUGGGUUUGCGGCACCUGUUGCAGGCGAGGAUGCACCUGAAUGGCAGGAGCCGUUGCGUGGGGGAUAUCUGUGGUUUGGUGUCGUGUCGCCCCCUUGUGGCUGCUAUGCGGAAAUGCACCAGUGGCUCGUUACCACAUCAAUGUGUGUCGGGGGUUCUAGCCUGCUGAGGAAGAAGGUUCAAGCAUACCUCAAAGGUGAUGUUUAUGGUGCAGUCUUGUUAUUACCAUGAUGGAGGGAUAUCGUCUUUUAAAUUUAGAUUUUUCUUAUUACGGGGUUGCACUGGUUAAUGCUUAUUCAGUAUUUCCUUUGCCGGGUUUAUUGUGUCUCUAUGUGGGGAUUAAAAGAUGUGGAUGCAUA